UUUUUUUUCAAUGGACGCUUUUUAUCUGUCGUGUUUCGGACGCUUUACUUGUCCCGUCCUUUAAGUGCCAAAAGUCUAAGCUAGUGAUUUACGUCGCCCUUUUGUUGUUCGUUUUGAUUUAAUCGUCAACUCAUAAACUAUGGCUGCUGGAAAAAAACAGGUAUGUUUUAUAAUUUAAAUUUUGGAUAUUUCAUACAAAACUGUUUUAAACUUAUGACAACCACGUGUCAUUUGUAGAUUUAUAUACUUCAUAUUUUAUUUUUAUAAAUCAAUUUCCUUGAAUUUAUUAUUUUUGAAAUAGUUCUAUUUAUUGGCAAUUCAUCUCGUGGUUAAAUAGUACCAAAUUUAUUAUUUAUUAAUGGACAAUUUCAUUAUGAAAUGGUCACUGAUCCAUUGACACAUUGAUUUAAAUAAGUAUUGCUAUACGAUUUACAAUUUUAUGUCAAAUACUGCCCAACCUUGAAUAUAUGGAUAAGUAAAUUAAGAUUAUUUCAAUGUUCUAAUGAGUACCUAUGUACCUAACUUAAUAAGUUCUAUUGUUUUUUUUUUUUGUGAUAACUUAAAUUUUAAAUAACACCCAUUUAAUCAUUUAUGAACAUUUUACUUUAACUCAUUAUUUAUUGUUCAUAAUAAAUUUCUAAUGAAUAUUUUUAUUUGUUGGUUGGUAUUAGGUUUUUGGGAAACUGACAACCUGUCCCCGGCAAUUUUAUUUUUCAGCACAUUUAAAAUAAGAUAACGUUUUGAAAUAAUUUUAUGAAACCAAUAAGUGACACUGACAAAAAGAAUUGUAUUUAUUAGUCAGUUUUAGUAACAAUUUUAAAUUAUUAAUGUAAUAUUAACCAUUGAUUAAUUUCUAUUUUAUUUUUUUAAAUUAUUAUUCCAAACAUUUUCACUAUAAUUUCCUUUUUAAAUUAUAUCUAAAACUAUCUAUAUUAUAUAUAAAUUAUUAUAUUGUAUUUUUUUGUUUUAAAAAUAUAAUUGUACCCGGUUUGUAAGUAUAAAACCAGAAUUUAUGUACAGAAAAUACAUGUGUAUUGUAUUAAAUAGAUAUCAAAUAUUUUAUUCGAAAUAUUGUCCAUUGCUAGCUAUACAUUUUUCUCAUCUGUCUGCUAAUUUGAGAAUGUCUCGCCAAAAAAACCGUUGUUCUUUUGAGGUAACUUAUUCAUUGAACCAUUUUUGUACAUUUUCGUAAGAAGUGAAGCUCUGCUCAGCAAGUGCAAAUUCCAUCGAUGCAAAUAAAUAGUAAUCAAACGGAGCCAAGUAUGGUGAAUAAGCCACAUGCAAAAAUAUUUGCCAACUAAAUGUAUCAAUUGUUUCUUUGACCAGUUUUGCUGUGUCAUUAUCAUGAAUCAAAGUAGCUUGUCUUUUUUUUUUUGAUAUUUUGGUCGUUUUUCACGUAAAUCUUGAGAUUUUCAAUGUUAUUACAAACUAUGCAGUUGUAUGUAACUUGUAUUGUUAUGAAUUGAAUAUCUUUUGUCAGAUAUUAACAUGAAAAUAACGUAAACUAUGCGGGUUGGAAAUAACUACAUUGCUAACUGGAGGUAUUUAUAGACAAAUUCUGGUUUCAUAUUUACAAACCUGGUGUAGUUUAAUGUUUAAAAGUUGUUUGUGUAAGUGGUAAAAAGUGUAUAAAAACAUUCUGAAAAAUAAUUUACUAGAGACAAAUAGACAUCCUUGAUCCAGUUGUUUUGGGUGCCAAUUAAAACCACAAUUUCAGAUUAAGGGUUACCUCGCUUAGCUAGCUGUCAAAUUAUUAUACUCAAAAAAAUACACCAAAUACUAAAAUUAAUGGUUGAUAUUGAAAAUAUAUGAACAAUAAUUUUAAUUUUCUUGUAAUAGCCAUUGUCUAUGGAUACAAGUGUUGAUAUUUCAAUUACAGUGGUCAUUAGUAUAAUAUAUCAAUUGUCUUUAUUAUAGGAUAACAAAAUUUAUCUAUACAAACAUGGGUCAAUCUUAGUUGUUCAGAAACCAUUUACCUUUUAUGUAUAAUACUUAACUAAUAAUUUAUGGAGAAAAUUGUUUACUAUUAAUAAACAAAAUAUUUGUUUUUGUAUUUGUAGAAAAAGGCUUUGGAAAGCAUCAACACCAAAUUGGCUCUCGUUAUGAAGUCUGGAAAAUGUGUACUUGGCCUGAAGCAAUCAUUGAAAUCUUUAAGACAAGGAAAAUCUAAACUAGUUAUCAUUGCAAAUAACACAUCUCCAUUAAGGUGAGACUGAGAAGUAGGAAACCCCGUUUUUUAUUAUAUGGAAAUGUAUCAUUUCCGACUGGGGUUUACCUAUGGAGUAGUCUCAAGUUAGGUAGACUAAUUUUCAUACAUCUAAAAUCGCAAUGUCGACAUGAGAACAGAAAAAAUGGUUAAUUAUUAUUUAAGCCACUAGUUGAAAUCGUAUAUCUUAUAAUUUUUAUUAAAUAUAAAUGUUAUAAAGAACAUAUCAGUUUUAUUCAUAUUAUUAUGAAUUGGUUAUAUGAGUUUUGAUGUAAAACAUUUGUAACAUUUUGAUCCAAAAAUUAUUUUUAUGGUUAAGGGUCACAAACUAAGAAAUUUUAAUUUUCAAAUCUAUAUUAUUACUGGAAUGUUUAAUUUAUGAACAUUUGAGUAAUAAUUUUGUAAAAUCCAGGGCUUUGAAUCCAUUGAAAUACCCUAAUAAAUGAUUAUGUACUUGUACACCAAUUCAAAAUAAUAUGACUGUUACUGUAUUUUUGUUAAACUUAUUAAUACCAUUUCUAUUCAGUUAAUUAGAAAAUUAUAACUUGUCUUAAAAUGUGUUAUUUAAUGAGAACCAUCAUUAUGAUACAAAUUUCAUUGAGAAUUUUAAGAAUAGACUUUUAGCUUAUGACCUUCAUCCAUUAAAAUAAACUUCCAAUCAAUAUGUCGUUAAUGUUUUAUAUCAAAACUUAUAACUUCAUAAGUAGUGACCAAUAACGGUAUAUCAAACUUGCCAAGUCUCAUGUUAUCAGCCAAAAGGUCAUUUAAAAGUUAUAUGAAGUUUCAAAUUAUGUAGACCAUAACAUUUUCAAAAGUUUGAAUUUUGUUUCUUCACUUUUGUGGAAUACAUCAUUAAUAUGUGGUUGAAAUCUUCCAAUUAGGUAAAUCAUGUUAAAUAUCUGGGUAUGUGUUAUUACCUACUAGAUAAUUAAUUUUUUUUUUUUUUUAGAGUAUCGGAGAUUGAAUACUACGCAAUGUUGUCGAAGACUGAUGUUUUCCAAUAUUCAGGUAACAACAUUGAGUUGGGUACUGCGUGUGGUAAAUAUUUCAGAGUUGCUACAUUAUCAAUCACUGACCCUGGUGAUUCAGAUAUCAUCAAAACUAUACCUACUGACCAAACAGCCCAAUAAUCAUUGUGUAUCAUCUAUAUUUUGAUAUAAUAAAUAUUUUCUCACAUAAUUAGUAAUUUUUUUUUAUUAAUAUAAUAUUAUAGAUUAUUAUUUAUAAUAAUUCAUACCAUUUUAUUUCCACGGAUUUUUGAUUUAUCAGUAUUAAUUAUUUGAUUUGGAAGUUAGUUUUAUUGAGGACAUUGAAAUUGGUAUAUGUCAUUAUUCUUUAUAUUUUAAAUGUUUAUUUUU